AUGCCCACGCGCUGGAGACUCUCAGAAUCGGAGGUUAAGCUGUUAAAGAGGAAGAAGGGGGAGGCGAAAAGCGCAGCGGUUGCGCCCCGGAAGGAGGCGCCUGCCCCAACUGCGGCCCUUCACAAGAACGACAAGAACGAAAAGGCGCCUCCCGGCACGAAGAAGCCAGCCGCAACACUCGACCCACCUGCGGCGAAGAGCAAGAAAAGCUUGAACAAGGCAGGCCCCGGCAACAAGCAGCCAGCCGGGAGGGCUGACCCCGCCGCGUCGACCUGGACCCAUGCGAGAACGAUCAGGCUAGUAAGGAUCCUGUGUCGGCGAGCCCGUCGAACAAGUCUGGACGCGAGGAAAAGAAGACGCGUGAUGACACGACUCCCGCGGACGGGGUCGAGGAAGAUGAUGACGAGUCCGUUGACGACCUCCAGGACGCGCGCUCCGAGCCACAUGAUGACCUCGAAAACGACGACUCCCAAGGCGCCGGCGAUGGCGAAGCUGACGAAGGUGAUGCGGGAAUGGCGCGCGGCACUGCAUCGUCUACGCCUAACCCGCAUCGAGGGCGUCAACGCCGCCAUCACUACCAUCCAAAAUGACUCUAAGGACAGGGACGGCAACGUCGUCAAGGCACUCGUGGGGAACCCCAUGCCGACGGCCAAAAGGUGGCUCUUUCAGCUCGCGGCAGUGGAUGUCUGCCACGACGGCACCUGCUGCCCCGAAACCAAGCUCCUCAAGGAUGCCGUCAAGACGCACCCUAUCGAGGCGGACGACACGGAGACACCCGUCGCUAGCGCCAAGCCCACCAACGCUAAGCGGAAAGGUGGCAAGACCAAACGUAAACGCUCCAAGUGA